UUAGCGCGGGAGGCGCGCGGCGCUGAGUGAGGGGCGGCCGCGCUGGGGGGAGGAGGAGGAGGAGGAGGAGGCGGCGUCGCCAUCGCCAUGAGCGCUCCCGGCCCCCAUCCCGAUCCCCAGCCCGACCCCGCCGCCGGCUCCAGCCUCGGCCCGCUGCUCCACACCCUGCAGGACCCCGCCGCGCCGCCGGGAGAGCUGACGGACGCGCACCUCACCGUCGUCAGUCGCUUGAGUGGUGAAGGAGGCAAAGCAUUCACUGCAGAUUUCAGAAAACACUUCCCUCAACUCUGCAAAGUGUUCAAGGCACACAUUUCCAGUCCAAACUUGGAGCUCAGUAAUGCAGCAUUGCAGGCCUUGGGCUUCUGCACUUUUCAUUCAAACAACACAGCUGAAUUAUCUGGCUCUGAAAUGCAGGACUUGCUGGCAGCAGUGAACAGCGUGGCUGUGAAAUCCUCAGACAAGAACACUCGCACUCGGGCACUUUGGGUCAUCUCCAAGCAGGCAUUUCCUCCAGAAAUUGUCAAAAAGGAGGUAUCCAAUAUUCUCUCCACCCUGGAAACAAUCCUGACUAAAGGAGAAGUGCAGUCAGUUGUGGUUGAAUAUGAAGCACUGAAUGUCAUUAUCCGCUUAAUGGAGCAAGCUCCAGCCCAGAUGGGAGAAGAGGCUGUGAGGUGGGCAAAGCUGAUCAUCCCUCUGGUUGUCCACUCAGCUCACAAAGUGCAGUUAAGAGGUGCCACUGCCCUGGAGAUGGGGAUGCCACUGCUCCUGCAGAAGCAGCAGGAGGUGGCAGCUGUCACCGAGCACCUGAUGACCACAAAAUUAAUUUCCGAACUUCAGAAACUCUUUUCUUCCAAAAACGAGACCUUCGUGUUAAAACUGUGGCCCCUGUUUGUCAGAUUGCUUGGAAAGACUCUGCAUCGCAGUGGCAGCUUCAUCAACUCCCUGCUGCAGCUGGAGGAGCUGGGCUUCCGCAGCGGCUCCCCUGUGGUGAAGAAAAUUGCCUUCAUUGCUUGGAAAAGCCUCAUAGAUAAUUUUGCUCUAAAUCCAGACAUCCUGUGCAGUGCUAAGAGGCUGAAACUGCUGAUGCAGCCCCUGAGCUCCAUCCACGUGAGGACAGAGGCUCUGGCCCUGACCAAGCUGGAGGUGUGGUGGUACUUGCUGAUGAGACUGGGACCUCACCUGCCCUCCAACUUUGAACAGGUUUGUGUGCCAUUAAUCCAAAGCACCCUGAGUGUGGAUCCUGCUGCUGCAUUCCCAGGAACGCCCUCACGGCCAAACAACCCCAGCCUGGGCUCAGCACCCCCUGGGCAGAAAUCAGGUCCUUUCCUGUUUGUGAGCCCGGGCACACCCAGGAUGGGCCUGAACAGCAGCACAGCAGGAGCACUGCUCUUCCCUUCCAUCCAGCUCCUGGGCAUGGAAAUGCUGCUCCACUUCCUCAUGGGACCACAAGUUGUGGAUUUUGCUAAGCAAAACAAGCUCGUGCUUAGCUUAGAGCCUCUCCAGUACCCACUGAUCAGUAGCCCUUCUUUUUUUUGUAAGCAUGCCAGCACUCUGAUAAAUGCUGUUCAGGAUGGCUUUAUUGCAAUUGGAAAAGAAGUUCCUGAUUGUUUGCUGAAUGUUAUCUGGAAGGACAUAAAUGCAUAUGUGAAAACAGCAAUUGAAGCAGGAAAUAAGAAAGAGAAGCAAGGCUCAGAAAUACUGACCAUGUUACUGCAGGCCUUAAAAAACACCGUGAGAUCCAAUUCCCUGCCCGUGCAGAAAAUCCUGCUCUUCCAGGGAACUCCAGCUCUGUUCCUGAUCCAGCUGCCCUUCCACAACAAUCUCCUGGAAUGUUGUGUGACAGAUGAGAGAUUCUUUGGGAUCCUGGAAUCCCUGGUGGGUGCUGCCCUGUCUGGGCCCACCUCUGCCCUGGCGUUCAGUGAGUCUGUGCUGGGUGUCAUUGACCAGAGUGCAGAGCAGGUGGCCAGCAAGGAGCACCUCUGGAGAAUGUGGAGUAUUGUUGUUCAUCCUCUGACUGAGUGGAUUAAUCAGAAUAAUGAGGUGAACCAGGGGGAUGCCCUGGAACACAACUUCAAUGCUGUCUACAGUGCUUUGUUGCUGCCAGUAUCCCACAUUUUUUCCACUCAGGGAUUCCCACAGCCAACUCUGAAAUCCUUGCUGCGCUCUUGGUCUGACCUGUAUCGAGCUUUUGCUCGCUGUGCUGCUCUGGUGGCAACAGCAGAAGAAAACCUGUGCUGUGAAGAACUUUGUGCCAAAAUAAUAUCUGGGCUAGAAGGUGAAACUCCAGUAGUGUUUCCCAUGCUGGAAGGUCUCACCCACCUUGUGUCAGUCAUGGUUGACUGCAUCAACUUUGCACCCUAUGGCACUAAAUUCCAGCCCAAAAACAGAUCCCCGCAGACUCCCACGGACUGGGCUAAGAAGAAGAAGGAGCCCCUUGGCAAGCUGAGCUCUCUGUUGAAGCUGCUGCUGCUGCUGCUGAACUCCUUCCACGAGCUGGGCAGCUCGGAGCUGCAGGCAGAGCCGCUGGGCGCCCUGGGGCUGGCCCUGCUGGCCGCCCUGCACGCCCUGCUCAGCCGCAUCUCGCUGCCCUCGCUCCUCGGCACCACCCUGGCCACCUUCUCCCAGCCCUUGGCAGUCUUCUAUGAGAAAACCCAGUCAGUGCUCCCUGAGGUACCCAAAGUCUACAGCAACCUGAACAACAAGUUGGAGAAGCUGCUGGCAGAGAUCCUGCAGUGCCUGCAGUGCCACUGCCCGGGCUCCUGUGACUCUGAGCUCCUGCAGCAGCUCAGCCCCGUGCUGUGCGUGGCCUUCCAGCACAGGAGCAAACAGAUCCGCCAGCAGAGCGCCCAGCUCUGGAACUGCACCUUUGCCAAGGCCUCCUCCCUCUCCUAUCCCGAGCAACUCAAGUCUGUGUUAAGCCAAGCCAAAAAGAAAAUCCCUCUGCUGCUGCCUGGUUUUGAAAGCAUUGAGUUGUCUGAGGAGUGCAGUGGCCCCUUCUCUGACCUGAUGGAGAAUUCCCAGCUGGAUGCAAAGAUCAGUGGGAUGGAGGUGAAGGUGGGACAGAAACGAGAUUCAAUUCUGGCACAGACGAGUGAACCCAAAAGUGAUGGCAAAGACAAGUCCAGCAACGUGCAAGCAACACCUGCCAAGUUAAAAUUAGAAUUUUCAUCUCCUAAGACAACAAGUGAGACACUUCUGGAAGAGGAGAAGUCUGUUGAUUUUGUGUUCAUUCCUCCAGAAACAAAACCAAGAAUAUUGACAGAACAUCAGAAAGAAGUGCUUAGGUCAAAGAGAGCUGACAUUCCUGCCAUGUACAACAACCUGGAUGCCUCCCAGGACACCACCUCAUUUUCCCAGUACAGCCAGAGCCAGGAAGAUUCUUUGGAAAUGCCACCUUCAGUAGAAAAUGCCAAAGAAGACCCUGCAAACCAACCUCAGGUAAUUUCCCACUGUCUGAUGGUGACAAAAACCAGAGUAUCUGCAAAAAACAUGAGAGGUUUUGUGAUUUGUUUUCCAUUCUCAACACCAAGUGAGAGAAAAUUUAACCUCAUUGCAGAGCUGUGUUCUGGAUUGGAGACAAGUUCUGUGGAAGCAGCUGCCCAGGAGGCCUCAGCAGGGAAGGAGGACACCUCAGAUGUCACCAGCAGCUCAGCCUCCAGUGACAUCAUCUCUGGCACCCCCCAGCCCGCGAGCCGGCGCCAGUCCUUCAUCACCCUGGAGAAAUUCGGGUCUGCAGAGAGCAGAGCCUUCAGCCCAGCCCCACUGAGCUCCGUGCCAGAGCUGCCUGGGAGUGCCCCUGAGGCAGCCACGCAGCAGAGCAGCAGCGGCAGCAAGGCUGCUGCUAAGGCAGAGAAAUCUGGAGAGGAGGAGAAAAACCCCCCGAAAAACCCCCCGAAAGCCGAGCCCGCCGCGGGGGCUGCGGCCGCCCGCAGGGUGACGCGGCGGCAGAGCCGCCUGGAGCUGCAGGGCAGCAAAUCCAAACUCCUGAGCAGGCCAGAGGAAUCCCUGGCCCCUGACAGCCUGGAGAGCAGCGCCGAGCUGGGCUCUGCAGGGGAGGAUGUGGAGCACAUCCUGCUCAACCACUCCCGGGCGCUGCUCUCCACGGAGGCAGACAUCCAGAAAGCCGAGGAUGCCAUCGCAGAAAUGGAUAAGGCCCGGGGGCUGGACACGGAUUCGAAGGAAAACACCCCCCCAGAGAGCAGCAGCAGCUCUGAGCAGGCCCCAGGGGAGGACAGCCAGGUGCCACAAGUGUCCCCUCAGCAGAAGCAGCUGCGGCGCUCCUCCAGGAGACGGCCGGACGCUGUGGACAGCUCCUCGGGCAGCCAGGAGAAGGAGGACGGGCUCCCAAAGAGAGACAGGAGGAAAGAGGAGGAGAAGGCUGGGCAGAAGAAGCCGUCCCAGGGGAAAGGUGAUGGAUCCCAAAAGCACAAAGGAAUUCCUGGGAAAACGACAGACAGCGCAAAAGAGAGCAGCCAGGCUGAGAGAGGGGCAGAGGACUGGAGCUCCAAGGACUCUCCUGCUUGCAGGGGCCUGGAUGAGGAGGGCAGCAGGGCUGCCAGGAGGGCAGAGGAUUCCCCCAGGCCAGAGGGGGAAGCUCAGGGCAGCCUCAGCACAGCGGGGCAGAAGGUGGAGCGCCCACGCUACCACACCAGGAGAUCUUCCCAGGGGUUGCUGUCCAGCAUAGAAAACUCCGAAGCUGACAGCUCUGAGGGCAAGGAGGAGAGCACAAAGAGGAAAAAAACCAUGAAAUUGAGGAGUAGAAGCAAUUCUCUUGAAGGUAAAUUAAAAGAGGGACAGGCGGGGAGCCAGAGCCCUGAGGGAUCUGCCCAGGGAGAUGAAACUAAGAAUCCCCUGGAGGUCCCUAAAGGUGAGCCUGAGGUCAGCACAGGUGCUGCAGUGCCAGCUGAGCCAGGUGGCCUGGAAAAGCAGGAAAUUGCUGCAGCUGCUGGAGAAGCUGUGGGCUCUGGCAGCUCCGAGAAUCCAGAGGCUCUGCAGGACACCAGCGUGGAGCAGCACAAGGGUGAUGCAUCCAUGGAGUCGCUGGGCAGCCCCUGUGUGUCUGAGCAGGAUGGGAGAGCAGCAGAGGAGAGCAGAGAGGAGAAGCAAAGCAGCACAGGGGACUGUGCACCUGCAGCAAAUGCUCCAGGUGCUGAGCCCUCCUCUCUGCAAAGCCCUGAGUGCCAGAACAAGAGAAGCAAAAGGGUGAAGAAGAUCAAGAGCUGUGAUUGCUGCUUUAAAAAGCCAAAGCAGCAGGUGACUGACUCAAAGGUGACUGAGACAAAAAAAGAGAAAGCUUCUGAGCUGGAGGAGUCUGAGAGCACCCCAGUUCAGAGCCCUGGGACUGUUUCUGGUCACUCAGAUUUGGAGGAGAGCUUGGCCCUGGCUCCGUGUGGGAUGAGCACUCCAUUGCACCCUCCCAAGGAACCCAACACCUUCAGCUUGGAAAGGCAGGAAAUGGAUGUGGAAAACCUGCAGGGAAGCAGUGUGGGGGUGGAGGAGGAGACUCCAGAGGGUCCAGCAGCUGAAACCACUGAGUCCAUGGAGGAAAUAAAGGAACCUCCUGAGCAGAAGGAGCAAACAGAACAGGUUCUGCCUGAGAGUGUUCCUGGGGAGCCCAGGGAGAGCUGCCUGGACUCAGGGGAUCAAGAGGAAGAACCAGCAGGUACAGAAAAGGAGGAAAUAAAUGAAAAUGGACAACAGGAGGAGGUGCCUGAGGAGCUGAGCGUUGACAGCAAACCUGAGGAAAAAGAGAUGCAGGAGCUAGAAGGAAAUCAGGAGGAAAAAGGAGAAGCUGAGAACUCUGCUGGAGAAGCUUGUGUUGUUGCAGAUCAAGAUACAAAGGUUGAACUGGUGGAAACUGAAAUCAAAGUGCCUGAAAACGUGGCCGUGGCAGAUGUGGGUGUGGAUUCCCCUCUGAAGCUGGAAGGGGAUCCCUCGGUGCAGGUGGCUGAAAGCCCCACCAGCCUCCAGGCCCGCUGCACCUGGUCCCCCUCAGCCUCCCCAUCCACCAGCAUCCUCAAGAGAGGGGUCAAGAGGAGCCAGGAGGACGAUUCCCUGUCACCUGCCAAUAAGAUCCGCCGAGUCUCUUUUGCAAAUCCCAUUUUUCAGGAGGGCCUGGCAGACGACAUCGACAGGAGGAGCCCUGUCAUCAGGUCCCAUUCCUCACCCUCCUCCAGGAGCCUUAAAAUCCUCUCUAACAUGCAGCACAUUACCACUCCAACCAAAGGAUUUCUGUCCCCAGGAUCUCGUACCCUUAAAUUUAAGAGCUCAAAGAAGUGUUUAAUCACAGAAAUGGCCAAGGAAUCUCUGCCGUGCCUUUCGGAGUUCGUGUACCCGGCCUUGGCUGGCUGCAAAGCCCCUGUGGAUGUCAUUUUACCUCAGAUCACAUCCAACAUCUGUGCCAGGGGCCUGGGGCAGCUCAUCCGAGCCAAGAACAUCAAAACCGUGGGAGACCUGAGCACUCUGACACCUCUGGAGAUCAAAACCCUCCCCAUCCGCUCCCCCAAAGUCUCCAAUGUCAAAAGAGCUCUGAAAGGAUACCACGAGCAACAGGUAAAAUCUCGAGCAUUGGAGGAAAGCACAGUGCUUGAAGAGGCUGAGAAGCCUGGAAAUGACGUGGAGGAGAAAUCUCUGAGUGGAGAUGAGGAAAAACUUGCAGCAGAUCUGGAGGCUGGCAGCAGCAGCAGCAGCAGCGAGCAGCCCCCUGUGGACCUGCUGGGGCAGAUCCAGGCCCUGGCAGCGCAGCUGAGCUCGGAGGAGCUGCAGGGCUACUCUGGCCAGCAGCUGUGUGAGAUGCAGGAGCAGCUGCUGGCCAUGGCCUCGUGCAUCCUGAGGAGCCUGCAGGCCCGCUGGCCCUGCCCGCCCCAGCCGGGCCCCGAGUAGCUGCUCAUCCUCAGCAGGAGGAGCUCGGUGCAGCCUCCCCCCUGCCUCCCUCUCUGCUCACUUCCUCCUGCAGUCUGCAUUUGGGGCUAUAUUUGUUAACAUCUUCAUAAAUUUGUUCUCUUUCCCUUUUUUUGCCUUUUUAUUUUCCCCUCUUUUUUUCCUUUUCUUCCCUCUUUCC